AUGUCCUCUGUGCUCACCAUUAUCCGCGAGCUGACCAGCGAUCCCUGCUGGCGUCCGAAGCCGCCGCACUGGGAGCCGGAGCGCGACAUGAAGUCGCUCUCGGGCAAGGUGGCGCUCGUCACGGGCCCCACGGCCGGCAUCGGGUACGAGACGGUGCGGCAGCUGGUCCUCUCGGACGCCAAGGUCUACCUGUUCGGCCGCAACGUGGCCAAGAUGGAGAAGACGCGCGACGUCCUCCGCUCCGAAUGCGAGGCCACGCUGCGCGAAAAGGUCAAGGAAGGCGACCUGCGCUACAACGGCAAGGCGGGCGACAUGGUGCUGGUCCAGUGCGACCUGUCGAGCCUGCAGAGCAUCAAGCGCGCUGCCGAAGAGUUUCUCGCCAAGGAGGACCGGCUAGACCUCUUGUUUGGCAACGCUGGCCUCGUCACUGGCGGCAAGACCGAGGAGGGCUACGAGCUCAUGCUCGGCACCAACACGCUGGGCCACCACGCCCUCGUCCGCCUCCUCCUCCCCGCCAUCCAAAAGGCCGCCGCCGACCCGUCCAACCAGCCGGGCGCGACGCGCAUCGUCCUCACCGCCUCGGGCGCCCACCGCUUCGUCGACAAGCCUAUCAACAUGUCGCCCGAGGGCCUCGACGACUACAAGCGCGGCAAGCUCUCGAGCUCCGCCCACCUCUACGGCCGCUCCAAGAUGGGCAACAUCUACACGGCUCAGAAGCUCGCCGCCCUCUCGCAGGCAAGCAACGACGGCAUCGUCUCGUGCGCCGUCCACCCGGGCGCGAUCCAGUCGGACCUGGGCGGCAGCAACUUUGUCACGGCCCGCUUCAAAAAGAUGCUCCUCUACCCGGCCGCCGUCGGCGCCGUCACCCAGCUCUGGGGCGCCGUCGGCGCAGACAAGGACGAGGUCAACGGCAAGUACCUCAUCCCCUAUGCCCGCGUCGGCGAGCUCAACGAGCUCGGCCGCAACACCGAGGCGAGGGACCAGGUGUGGAAGUGGUGCGAGGAGCAGUGCCUCAAGCACGGCCUCAUCGACAGGGUCAUCGAGUAG